CCGCGCCGUCGCCCCGUCAAUAUCAACAUCGAGCAUCGUCACGUCAACCGACUUUAUUCUUGACACCUCGUCCAUUCACCCACCCCGCCCAUAACCAACCAACCACCCCGUCCAUCUCCUCAACAAACAAACACAAUGGCUGGCGGAAAGGGCAAGUCGUCUGGCGGCAAGAGCUCGGGUGGAAAGACCUCGGGCGUCGAGGGUCCCAAGAAGCAGCAGAGCCACUCUGCUCGCGCUGGUCUUCAGUUCCCUUGCGGUCGUGUCAAGCGUUUCCUGAAGCAGAACACCCAGAACAAGAUGCGCGUUGGCGCCAAGGCUGCCGUCUAUGUUACUGCCGUGCUGGAAUAUCUGACUGCUGAAGUCCUCGAACUUGCGGGCAACGCCGCCAAGGACCUCAAGGUCAAGCGUAUCACUCCCCGUCAUCUUCAGCUUGCCAUCCGUGGUGAUGAGGAGCUCGAUACCCUGAUCCGCGCCACUAUCGCCUUCGGUGGUGUCCUCCCCCACAUCAACCGCGCCCUUCUCCUCAAGGUGGAGCAGAAGAAGAAGGCCAAGGCUCAGGAGGCUUAAGGAGAUAUCUGCACCGAAAAACUCAACGUCGCGCACGUUUCGGAUACUGUCUUGUAUUUCCUUGGCCCCGCUCCGGGCUGACGGGCAAGACAGCGACCGGUUUUCUUCAAGGGAUGGACGCGGGGUGAUACAGGGGGACUGGGGCUUGUCUUUGUCAACACAACCCGCCGCCGUUGUAUUGUUGGGUAUUUUCUUCCUAUUAUUUUUGUUGGGAUACGCACACGGGUUUGGGGCCCACCGAAUCAUGGCUGGAAAAAGCCGAGCACUUCCGGUGUCUGCGGCGGUAACAAGCGCAGCGCAUAGACGACGGCGAACUUCCCUUGCGACACUUCCAGCAGGGUUGUGCGAACACACACGAAAAGCGAGGCGUUCUUUGUCAUUCAGCCGUGGAAGCCGCCUGGGAAGCGAGGAGCAGGGAGACCAUUCGCU